AUGUCUGUGCUAGCGGAACAAAUUGGCCGUCUGAGUGCCCAGUUCUCCGCUUCGGCGACCGCACUGAACAUCACCAGAAACACAGGACAGGAGGUCGUCUCCAUUGAGGAACGGAAGAUCAAAAUCACCAACCUGGAGAGCGGCUCGCACUAUCUGGACAACGUUCUGGAGUUCAGUCCCACGGGGCUCUGUUUGAGCCCCAAUGACGAUUUGCUGUGUCUAUACGACAGCACCCACUGUGACGUGGUGUCAUUGAACGAGCCGGGCUCCAAAAUCAAACACACUAUUGGAUACUCUCUCCAUAUCAACCUACAAAACAAGGAAAACAUUGUGCAAAUAAUAUUCAACAGGAUAUCGCAGUUUGGCGCCGAGUUGGUGGUUUUGACUACAGACGCCAUCUACAACUUCGACCUCAACUCGUCGCUCUCUAAACCUACCCACACGUACUGGCUCAGGACAAGCUCGCCGCUCGCGAACUCAGACUCCGUCGACGUGAUAGACCCGGUUUCUAUUGCGUUCGGCUCAAACACAGACACCGUCAACCCGCGCGGCGACCUCACCCUGCUGAUUCUGUCCUCAGACUCGUCCAUCUACAAGAUAUACCCCUAUCUUCCGGCCAACAUCGCCGUUUCAUCGUCGUGGUUGGGUGCGCUGUUCGACUACGCAAGUCUCAAGUACAACGCCAGCGGCGCAGAAGACCUGUCCACGGUGUCGAUGCUGAAAUUUGCGUCGCUUUUGUCGCAGUCCAACGGCCAUGUCUGCACCAUAAGUAAGGUUCUUCCUUCAAACCUCUGCAGAGGAAAGCUUGUGGGGCCUCUGAGCAUCCAGCCGUUCCCUGACGAGCUUUACGAGCAGGACGCGUUGAAACUGAUUCCAAUGGAGAACGACAUGUUCUGCGUUCUGUACAACAGGGCUCUGGCGGUACUUUUUGACGACCAGGACCAGCCCAUGGCUUUCGACGGCCAGCGGGCCCCAGACUCUGCCGGUGUCGUCAGAAUGGUCGACUGUGCGCUGUUCGGGUCCAGAACCAUGACCAGCGCCAUGCUGCUGCCCAACAAGCCCACGUCGCUGCUCCUCACGUCCUCCGAGUCGGACCUGCUCCAUGUGGACUUUGCCGACUGGUGGGACGUCCUUGCACAUAGCAUUGACUCGAACGACGUUUCGGCACUACGCGACUUGCUGAAUAAUCAGCUGCCCACCAAAGUCACGAGUCUAGGCAAAGUUCGGCUUCCAAACACGGCCUCCAUCGGCGAACCACGCUCGCUCCAGUACACUGUCCCCCACGCCACAGCAGAACACAAGAUUGCAUAUGUGUGGAGUUACACCCACUCGUACGCGUUUGCCAACUCGUCUGUUUUCGAAGUGUGUGCUCCGGCCCAGCCGUCUGUCGCUCUGGACACAGAGCUGGCUCCGCAAGACGUCUAUGAAAAAUACCAGCCUCUGGAUCUAAAUCGCCAACUGACAGCCACCAAGACGACGCUGGCCAAGGUCCAGAAACAGCUAUACGCAAUGAGCUCCAACCAGCCGCUCUCCGCGAACACCAGAGACCUCAAGUCUCUGUACAAGGCUAGAGAGCUUAUCACCACCGGGCUGAUCGCCGUGUUCAACGACGUGGCCGUGACAAACAGGAAGCUACAGCAGAUGCGCAGCCAGUUUUUGGUGCAGAUCGCCACGCUCAACGAGGCAGAACUCAACAGACAGGACAGACUCGAAAGAUACGGUAGCUCGAAACGGAAAUUGGAGGCGCUGGCCAGCAAGCAAGCGGAGCUACAAAAAAGAGUUUCCGAAUUUGCGGCAUCCAUGGAGAAACUCGAAAUGCAGGCCUCCAACCACGCAAACGCAACGCUGUCCAGGAAAGAACAGGCCUACAAAAAGCAGCUCGAGAGACUCCAGAAACUGAUUGCCGAGAAGCAGAGCGAUUUCCGGGCUGUGCAGGAGUAUGUGGAGGCGCUGAAGGACAUAGAGGUGGUCAGCGUGGCGCAGCCGUCUGGCUACUCGUGCGAGGUUGCUCGGAUGAAGGCCAAGCUGGAGCUGAGGACGGGUUUGAUCGAGUCGCUGACUCAGGAGCUGAAGAGUACAAGUAUUUAA